UGUCAAUAUCAAGUGAUAACACGUGUGUCGACAACACAUGUAUUAAAUAUCCUAAGCAUUGAAAUACUAGUUAAACGUCUAUUAAAUUUGUGGAUCAAAUUGGUUUGUGAUAUUGAUUAACAACAACAACAACAACAACAACAACAAUGGCAAAGAGCUUAAGAAGCAAAUGGAAACGUAAGAUGAGAUCAGUUAAGAGAGUAAAAUAUGGAGAGAAAGAGUUAAAGAAAUUGUUGUCAAUCGUUGAGAUAAGCAAACAAAAAGAGAUUGCAAGAGAGAGUGCCAAAGACGUUGAAAUGAAACCAAUUGGUAGUAACAAACAAACAGCGGAAGAGACUGAAUCGGAACCAAUGACAACAAAUAUCUUGGAAAGAGAAGCGUCCAGAAGUAAGAAGACAUUGCGCGACCAAUUUGGACAAUACCCGCAGUGGAUGAACAAACGCGAGAUUAAGAAACGACAAAAAAGUGGUAAAUUGAGACUUAAGAAUAAGCGAAAGUAAUGUUAAUUAUGUUAUAGUUUUGUAUAUUAUAUAUGAUUUUAUAAUUUUUUUUGACGAGUAAUUAGAGACGGAGUUAAUUAAACCUUUUAUUAUUAAAAAUAAUAUGAAUAUAAAAAAUAUUAACUCAUAUGCUAUACAAUAAUUAAUAGCAGUUUCUAAAU